AUGGCCCAUUACAAAGCCGCCGACUCGAAGCGCGAGCAGUUCCGGAGGUACUUGGAGAAGUCGAGGGUGCUGGACACGCUGACCAAGGUUUUGGUAGCCUUGUAUGAAGAACCAGAGAAACCUAAUAGUGCUUUGGAUUUUUUAAAGCAUCACUUAGGAGCUGCUACCCCAGAAAAUCCAGAAAUAGAGCUGCUUUGCCUAGAAUUGGCAGAAAUGAAAGAGAAAUAUGAAGCUAUUGUAGAAGAAAAUAAAAAACUGAAAACAAACCUUGCUCAGUAUGAACCACCUCAGGAGGAGAAGCGUGCUGAAUAGGAUUCUUCUCAGUUGAAAAGACACUGAAAAAUGGUUUCGUAUGACUUGAAUAGUUUGUAUAGUAUAUAAUCUUUUCCGAACAGAUGCUAUAGCACUCUUUUAAUAUGUUAAAUUCACCUAUCACACUUUAACUGUUAUAAACACAUAUACUUAGAAUCACCAAUAAAAACUCAAUAUAA